UCCCAUCUGAUGCCGACUGGAUGCGGAGCUCCGCUCACAUCUCCAUCCUCUCUCCAUCCCCUUCUCCUCUGACAUCUGCAGCUUCUCCGUUUUCUUUUCCCUCCGGUUGUUCCCGACCAGGAUGUGGCACUCUGUGGCUCUGCUCCUCUCUGGACUCUCCGCUUUGAUCAACGUGUCUUUGCAGGGGCCUCACCAGAGGAACCUGCUGAAAAACCUCCUGAAGGACUACAACCGGAUGGAGCGGCCAGUGGGGAAUGACUCCCAUCCUCUGACGGUCUUCUUCACCCUCAGUUUGAUACAGAUUAUGGACGUGGAUGAGAAGAACCAGGUGUUAACCUCCAACAUGUGGCUUCAAAUGAGUUGGUACGACCAUUACCUGCAGUGGAACCAGAGCGACCACCCCGGUGUGAAAAACCUCCGCUUCACCACAGAUCAGAUCUGGACUCCAGAUAUUCUGCUCUACAACAGUGCAGAUGAUGACUUCGACUCCACCUUUAAGACCAACAUUCUGGUAAACUCCAGCGGCUUUGCAAAGUAUCUCCCUCCAGGAAUCUUUAUGAGCACAUGCAAUGUGGAUGUCCGCUGGUUCCCAUUCGACAUCCAGAAAUGCGAGUUAAAGUUUGGCUCCUGGACGUACGACGGCUGGCUGCUGGACCUCCAGAUGACCGAUGCUGACAUCUCGGGAUACAUGCCCAACGGAGAGUGGGACUUAAUUGGUGUUCCUGGCACCAGAAAUGAGGUUUUCUACGACUGCUGCAAGGAGCCGUACCCAGACGUGACGUUCGUGAUCACGAUCCGGAGGCGGACGCUCUACUACGCCCUGAACCUGCUCAUCCCGUGCGUUCUGCUUUCCUCCAUGACCCUGCUGAUCUUCGUGCUGCCAGCCGACUCUGGAGAGAAGAUUUCACUGGGUAUCACCGUUCUGCUGUCGCUCACUGUUUUCAUGCUGCUGGUGGCUGAGAUAAUGCCCGCCACGUCGGACUCCGUCCCGCUCAUAGGUCAGUACUUUGCCAGCAUAAUGAUCAUCGUUGGAAUGUCAGUCAUUGCCACAGUUGUGGUUUUACAGUAUCAUCACCAUGAUCCAAACGGAGGGCACAUGCCGAAAUGGGUGCGUCUCGUUUUGCUGCAGUGGGUCGCCUGGUUCCUGAGGAUGAAGCGGCCAGGGGAGAACGACGAUCCGGAGCGACCGCCCUGCGCCCCGCACCUACGCCGCUGCUCCUCAGGAUCACAGAGCGGCAGCAUUCCUAACCCUCCCGACGCAACCCUCCAUCCGCUGCACCCGCAGAACCUGACGCCUCUCCAGACGGGGCCGCUCCACGCGGGUCAUCCUCACCUACAAACCAGCGCCAACAACAACGGGAACCUUCUCUACAUGGGCUUCCCGAGCAUCGAGGACUCUUCGGUUCUGUCGGAGCCCGUCCAGAGGAAUAACAUCUCUGUAGGACCUCCCCGGAUGGCAGGAAGUCCACCUCCUCACCUGCCUUCGCAGUUCUGCAGCUCCCCUCCGCCUCCAACUCCCAACAUGGACACAGUGGGGUGUCCCAGCACUGUCUCUAGUGGUGGAGGCUUUGGAGGGGGACCAGGAGGGUGCUCAACAUCUGUGAUGGGCGACCCGCAGCUGCAGGCCAUCCUGGAGGAGGUGCGCUACAUGGCAGACCGUUUCAGAGAGCAGGACGAGACCGAGAGCAUGGCUGACCAGUGGAAAUUUGCAGGCGCUGUGAUCGAUCGCCUGUGCCUGGUGGCAUUUAGCGUUUUCAACAUCAUCUGCACCAUCUCCAUCCUCAUGUCGGCUCCAAACUUUGUGGAAGCUAUUUCUAAGGAUUUUGUUUGAGGGGGUUUGAACAGGAAGGAAAAAAACACACACACACACACAUGCAAAGGAGAAAAUUAAGGAUGGAAUGUAGAACGGAACAGGCUCUGAUCCAAGGAAACACGAUUUCCAGCAAACUGUAAGCUCUGUGAUUUGUGAUUGCAAGGAUCUGGGGGAUUGGAAAGAAACUAAUGGUUUUCUUUGCAAUACAUUCUGUUUUGUAACCACAAAAGAAGAAAACAGAUGAUGAAGGGAAUAUGGGGUGAAGUUUAAAUGAAAUUAGAGUGCAGGGUGCUCCAUCAGGUUCUUGACAAGGUGAAAUUGGUUUUUGAGGCCGAUUUGAAGAGGACUUUUGUUUAAAAUUAAAGGGAAAUAUGAGUGUGACAAGGACGCCAACGCAACCCAAUGUAAUGACGGUCUGAUGUCAGGGAAGACUGUGGCAUAAAAGAGGAAGAAGAGGCAGACAGAGAGGCAGCGACAGAUAAAAGAGACGGAUAUGUGACUGUUUCAUUUCCUCAGAUAGGGGAGACAGCCUCUUAGUCCCACAGGUGGAGAAAAUACUGCAUCACUCAAAGUGAUGUGAGAAGAAGAGGCUUUUACAAGGACCCAAAACAAAGAGCAGACGUGAAGGACAGACACUGUCCCUCUGGGAACCUGAGACAGGCAGAGUUUUGAAGAAGCUGCUUGAUGCUCGGAUGCACAAAAGAUGACCGAAGAUCAAGAGCAUCGCGUCGCACAGGAACUCAUCUAUUAUUCAAUCACAUUUCGGCUAAUGACAGUCAAAUUGAAAGGCUUUGGAUAAUCCUUCAGACUAACAAGCUUCUCAAAGAUGAACUCCCAUCUCUGCUUGAGAGCCACUUUGAAUCUCCGAGACCUUAUCUCUGUGAGACGAUUGCCAAUCAGAACCGUCCUCAGCGGCUCGCUCUGUGUGCGGCGCGCGUCCCGACCCGGAAACUCGAAUUAGCCGCUCGUCAACAAUGCUGCGGCCCGCCGCUGCGCCACUGUGGAGACCGGUGAAAAUUCAUGCGCCGGUUACCUAACUGCAUCUGGCAGGUCAUAACGGGCCAACGAAACUCAUUGGAUUUCAUAUUAAAGGUUUAAUAACUCAGGCAGGAGGUCAGGGCUCUAAAAGGACACCAGAGGCAGAAGGAAGAGGAUGAGAUCAUUGAAUGUAGAGGAGCAAGGUCCUGUUAAUUUCCUCUGACUGGUUUACUGCUUCUUGACAGUUUUAAUUUCAAUAUAUUUUCAUAAAAUUUAGAAAAUAUGAGAGUGCAAAUCAACACCACAGCCUUCAUACAGGGAUUUUCAACAAAAUAUAGCAAGUCUCUCUGCUGGCAGUUUGAAUGAAAACACCAUUAAUUCAGAAAUAUUAAUGGGGUAACAAUGUGUAUUUAUUAGACAAUCCCACCCUGGUUUUUAUUUAUACCACAGGCUUGUAAAGGUAUUCUUACAUCUUGAACUUCACAUUUUAUCCAGUUACAACCUUAAACUCAGAGGAAUUUCAGUUUGUUUUGGAUUUGUUUUCAGACCUAUGUGUCAGUACUUUGUUGGACCAAAACAUCUUUAAUCAAUCAAUCAAAUUUUAUUUCUGCAGCACAUUUCAGCAACAAGGCAGCUCAAAGUGCUUUUCAUCAUCAAAACAAACAGAUAAAAGUCAACAAUUGAAGCACUAGUGCUGUCAUUACAUGUCAAAUGUUGGUGAGUCUUUCAUUUGUUAUGGUACCAAAGCAACUCCAAACAGACUUUAAAAAGUCUUAAAUUCAUUAAAAAUGCAGGUUGACCUUAUUACUUCUAAUAGCUUAGAGCUACUAGCUCUAAGUUUAAUCAGCUGUAGGAUGAUGCAAAAAUUUAAGACGAGUUAGUCACAGUUCUUACAUUUUUAUCAUCAAUGAACUCAAAGUCAUCGUCACCCAACACAUGGUGGGCAAUAGCGACAAACAGAACAGAAAUGUAAAGUUUUUGUUGUGCUUCAUUGUAAUGCUAUGACAGCAGAUUAGGGUAAUUGCAGAUUGAAAAAAAGGAUAAGUCAAUUUCUGCCAAAAACCCUGAAUUUUUUUUUUUUUUACUUUCUGAGCUCCAAAAGUUGAAAAUUUGCUAGAAAAAAAAUCAGAAACUUUGUGAUUAAUCUCAGAAAUUCUCUUUUAUAAAACUUGGACAUUUCUAACUUUUAAAAGUUAGAAAUGUUUCUAGAAAAUUCUAGGAAUAUUCUAGGCAACAUUGAGAAAUGUUGACGUUUUUCUAGAAAAAGACAAUCUAAAAAAUUUUGACUUUUCUGGCAUUAAUUUACUCGUCAAUUUUUUCUAUCUGCAAUGGCCUUGAUAUGCCUAAUACAAUUGAUCAAUAUAUUUUUAAUAUGUGUGUUAAAAACAGCUGGAGGUUUCACAGAAACUCAGAUUCCUGUUAAAUAACCAGUUUGCCAGUAAGACACCAGUUUGUUUUUCAGUAUAAUAGUUACUGUUUUUGUUUCCAGCAUCGUUUUUCGUUAUUCAUAGUUAUACUCAUUCCUCCAGAUUACUUCUGAUCAUAAAUUUGUAUUUAAACAAAGAGUUUGUAACAACUUUGCUACCAAGGAUUCAGAACUUCCUGUAAUCUUUUCAAGUGCUCUUGAUAAAUGUUACAUCAGGAUAGUUGAACGACCGCGCCGUUCUUGCACAUCUUCAGUCCUGUACCAGAUCAUUUCAGUGGAUUUCUUUCCCUUCCUCUCACAGGGAGGUUUCUAUUUCUUUAGUUAAAUUAAAGAAAAAUACCAAAGAUAACCGUUCAUUGUACAGAAACUCAUAUUUGACCACCGACAGGGUAAUUCCCAAAGAGCUAUUUGCUCAAGGUUUAAUCAGUUAAAGCAUGAUGCAUUGCUCAGAUCCUUAGACUAUUUAAAGCUAGCACAUCUUCUCUUUAAGGCUUCACAAUUGGUAGGUGGUAGCACUGUUGCAUGGAGUUUGCAUGUUCUUCUUGUGAAUGCGUGGGUUCUCUCCAGAUACACUAGCUUCCUCCCGCAGUCCAAAAACAGGAAUGUUAGGUUAAUUAGGUUGUGCUCACACCUUAUAGUCUAGGAGAAUUAGUUUAACUGGGGACCAAAAUUUUCAACUGGUUUGGUUUGCCUUCACACUGCACUGUGUCAAGUGAACCAAACCCUUUCAAAAACUUGUUCCACCCCUCACCAGUGAUGGCGCUACACCAAGAACUGCAUAAGGAAACAAGAUUAAAACCUCUGAAGAAGGCAUUGAGCCCAACUUCCUUCUUUACGAAAUGUAAAUGGCAUCAGUCUUCAGUGGGUCAAGGAUUUCUCUUUUGUCUCUGGUAAAAGACGGCAAGACAUUUCUCUACCUAGCACUAGAUUAACAUAUUUGUUUUGAUUGUGUUUACCAGAAUGCCCUGCUCUGUAGUUCACUCCUCUCUUUUGGAGCAGUCUUUGGUCUGCUUGCAUCCAUUUAUGUAUUCAAACUGCACUUCAGCUGAAAUGAGACCUGGGUUUUUAAGGGACCAGACUUCAGCAGUCACACCUCCCGAAGCGAAUCAGGCUGUCUAGGCAAACAAACUGGGGUUGAAGGAACAGGACUGGUGUAAAAGCAGCCUAAAGUUGUCGAUAGGUAUGAAUGCGUGCGUGUGUUUAUCCUUUUCAUCUUUGUUUUAUCCUGUGAUGGUUACCUGGCAGGGUGCAGCCUGUAACCCUGCCAGGUGAAGCAGGUGUAGACAAUGGAUGGACGGACAUGUUCUAUCGUCACUUUCCUUAAACAGUCACUGCCCAGUAUGCGGUCAUGGUCAGGUGCAACGACGCGACGGAAAAUGAGGAAAAGAAAAACUAAAGUCUGAAGUGAAAUUUGCAAGAGCUUCUUAAAGUCUGGAGACAAAAAAAACAAAACAACAAAAGCACUUUAAAAGGUUACAUGAAAGUUUGGUUUCAUACAAGCAAACUGUGACGUCAGAUGUUUCUCUGACCCGGCUGUGUGGCAACGUGGCCGGUAAAUUGUUUGUCAAUUCAGGUCCUUGAUUGUGGAAGGUGCCUCUGAUUACGUGGCCACCUGGAUUGUAUUUAAGGAGCAGGCACGUGCAGAGGGGGGCUGACGGGGGCUUGAGCCCCUGCCUCUUUUAUCCUUGAUGUCCCAAGUGUCCUUUUGAGUUUUUUGUUAAUAAUUUUUUUUUUAUCUAUAUGUCAGGAGGCCUGCUUUCCCCCUCAGCAAUAAUAUUUCACUAAACAUAAUGAUUUAUCAAAAUAAACUAGUCUGGCUGCCUUCAAUGUAAU